AUGUCUUGGGUUGUCAGUCGUUCCCGGUUCAAACGAGAUAUCAAUAAACUCCCCAAUCACCUUAAGCAACAAUGGUUGAAACAACAAGAAGCAACGUCCUUACCAACUUUUAAAGGGUUUUUUCCCGAAAGAUUACCCAGGUCGCAACAAAAGACCAGAUUUGAGGCUGGAAUCACUGAAGGAGACUUGGCGUACGUGACUGAAGGUAAGCAUAAGGGUAAAAUAGCCGAGGUUUUGGCUUAUAGUGCUGAAUUCGACUCAGUUUCCUUGUCCAAUAUUUCAACCAAGAAACUUUUACCCAAACCAUUCUGGCCCGAGGGUCAAACGUCUCAUGUGUACGACUUUCCUGAUUAUAUACCAAGAAGUAAAGUGAAGGUAGUUGGUAAAAGCAAAGAAGAUGGCAAAAUUUCGUACAUGGUUGCGGAAGAAGUGGUUAUGGGGAAACCUUAUUACGACGAUAGGUACAAGAAAUGGAUACCAGAGAGAUAUAUAAAACACCACGAUUAUCUAUUGCCAUGGCCAACGCCCCCAAAGAUUGAAGAAGGGGAAUUGUCAACUCCAGAAGAUGUAGCUACAGAAAAGACUUUUGAAUUUAACACCGUUGGGAAAUCAACGAUACCUAAAGAAUUGGUCAAUCAAUUGCGUAACCCGUACAGCAAGUACAAGAAGAGGGAGCUUGAUGGGUUGCAGAUUGCCAAACUCAAUGGACCUGAAAUGCCAUUAACCAUAGAGCAAAAGAUCUGGUUGGCAAAACAAGCUGAAAAACCAAAGAAGAAAUUGUAUCCAUUGCCGGAGGAAGUUAAGGAGUUCAUUGGCUCGAAAAUGGCAGAACAUAUGAACAAGAUAGAAAGUCCAGAGUUGCGCCAUCAUUUGGAGGUUUUGUCCAAAGUGAAAAUACCCAAUUUUGAGAAAACGUUAAGGAUUAUCGAGGAGACAAAGAAAGAAGAGAGUAGCCCAAUAGCUGACGAAAGUAAGAUUUAA